AUGCAAAUAUUAGAUUCUGAUGUUUCUACCUCGUUCCCUACUGAAUCUCCUGGAUCACCAAAUAAUAAUGAAUCUACAUCCGCACAUUCACCUAAUAAUCAAUCCGAUUACUCAAAAAAAGAUCAUCCUCAUCCUACGGUUGAACAAACUCCUACGCGAUUUUUGGCUUCAUGUUCAAAACUUGAUUUGGAACCUAAUCCUUUCGAACAAAGUUUCUCCGGCGUUACUCCUAUUUCGAAUGAAGUAGGUACUAAUAGUCCAAAACCAAGUCUACCUCCUGUAUCACAGAUUACAAGUCCUGGUAUGCCGGGAAAUGAGAAUCAAUAUGGUUGGAGCUUACAAUCUUUGCGAAGUGGCGCUUUAUCUCCUUCUAUGCUUACCGGUCCUCAAGAAACGAAUAUAUUUAAUGACCUUUCACAAACUGGUCGUACUGGAACUACUCCCCUUGCUUUCGGUUCUUUCCCUGAUCCUUCUACCGGUCUUUUCGGUAGUACCACUAAUAAUUUUGUUAAUCCUCCUAUCAUUUCUACUGAUCCUUUCCCUUCUUUUAAUCGUCCACUUAACGAUUCUGAUCGUAAAACAAUUUCCUCAAAUCCUUCUACAUCUGCUCCUCCUGUUUCUAACGUUCCAACUUCACAAUCCGGUGUUAUACAACCCACUUUAUCUACUACAAAUAUUUUAAACAUGCCUAAUGGUUCUUCAACUUCUGCAAAUGUUAUUGUUCAAAAUCCCUUAAAUCAUCAAUCAGUUCUAGUUACAAAUUCUACUCUUAACAAUAGAAAUAUGAUUUGUGCUCAACAAGAUAUGAUAAAUAGAAAUACAAUCAUUCCAGAUACUAUCAUGACAAAAGCUGAGAAUGAUGAUUUUACUUCACGUUCAAAUAACGUUAUUACAAAUGGAAGACAUUCUAUAAAUUCAAACAUACCUUCACGUAAAUCUUCAAUCCUUUCCGACUCUAUGGACGAAGAUUCACCAUCUAAUAAAUUAGGUGGUGGUUCUAGUUCUAUUAAACUCGGUUCUCGCAAUUCAAGGCGAAAAGCUGAAGAGUCUCUCGUAAAAGAACAACCUCCUCCAAAGAAAAAUGGUCAAAAAGUUAAAAAUGAGAUGACCGAUGAAGAAAAACGAAGAAACUUUUUAGAAAGAAAUCGUCAAGCUGCUCUCAAAUGUCGCCAGCGUAAAAAGCAAUGGUUGGCCAAUUUACAGGCCAAAGUAGAAUAUCUUACUAACGAUAACGAAAAUUUACAAAACCAAGCGCAAUCUUUACGUGAAGAGAUUAUCAACUUAAAAACUUUAUUACUUGCACAUAAAGAUUGUCCUAUUGCGCAAGCUAAUGGUGUUAUGGGUUUGGAUUCGAUACCACCUACCUCUCAAGGAAUGCCACCAAGCAUGAAUGGCAUGAAUGGCAUGAAUAUCGGUCCAAUGGGAAUGGUGCCGGGAGGAAUUCCUAACUCGGCCAUUCCGACUGGAACAAUGCCAAUGUCAAAUGUACAAGUACCUCCUCACAUGACUAACCAUGUUAAUGGUCCACCUGGUUCCGGAUUGAUGAGAUAUUAA